GUGCGUGUGCAGCUGUGCACAUGGAAUAUUUGGUGGGAUCGGUACGGGAGCAGCUGGGCAUGAGCAUCUGUACAAAAGCGAGCUCGUGAAAAAACGUCCGGAGGUGUGGGAAGGUGCUGUGAGUGGCUGAGAUGCUGUGGUGGAGGGGAGCCCAGGCCCCGUACUGUCUGGUUGGGUCACCCCGAGAAGAGGGACCAGCGGUAUCCUCGAAAUGUCAUCAACAAUCAGAAGUACAAUUUCUUCACCUUUCUGCCAGGGGUGCUGUUCAACCAGUUCAAGUAUUUCUUCAACCUCUACUUCCUGCUGCUGGCCGGCUCCCAGUUUGUUCCUGACAUGCGGCUCGGCGCCCUCUACACGUACUGGGUUCCCCUGGGCUUUGUGCUGGCCGUCACGGUCAUCCGCGAGGCGGUGGAGGAGAUCCGGUGCUACGUGCGCGACAAGGAAGUCAACUCCCAGGUCUACAGCCGGCUCACAGCGCGAGGGACGGUGAAGGUGAAGAGUUCCAACAUCCAAGUGGGAGACCUCAUUAUCGUUGAGAAGAACCAGCGGGUCCCUGCUGACAUGAUCUUCCUGAGGACCUCGGAGAAAAAUGGGUCUUGCUUCUUGCGCACCGAUCAGCUGGACGGCGAGACGGACUGGAAGCUGCGGCUGCCCGUGGCCUGCGCGCAGAGGUUACCCACGGCCGCCGACCUCCUGCAGAUCCGGUCUUACGUGUAUGCCGAAGAGCCCAACAUCGACAUCCACAACUUCGUGGGGACCUUCACCAGAGAAGACAGUGACCCUCCGGUCAGCGAGAGCCUGAGCAUCGAGAACACGCUGUGGGCUGGAACGGUCAUCGCGUCAGGGACUGUGGUGGGGGCUGUGCUUUACACGGGCAGAGAACUCCGGAGCGUCAUGAACACCUCCAAUCCCAGAAGUAAGAUCGGCCUGUUUGACCUGGAAGUGAACUGCCUCACCAAGAUCCUGUUCGGCGCGUUGGUGGUGGUCUCGCUGGUCAUGGUGGCCCUCCAGCACUUUGCCGGCCGCUGGUACCUGCAGAUAAUCCGCUUCCUGCUCUUGUUUUCCAACAUCAUCCCCAUCAGCCUGCGUGUGAACUUGGACAUGGGCAAGAUCGUGUACAGUUGGGUGAUUCGAAGGGACUCCAAAAUCCCGGGGACAGUGGUUCGAUCCAGCACAAUUCCCGAGCAGCUGGGCAGGAUUUCUUACUUGCUCACAGACAAGACGGGAACUCUGACCCAGAACGAGAUGGUUUUCAAGCGGCUGCACUUGGGCACGGUGGCCUACGGCUUGGACUCCAUGGACGAAGUACAGAGUCACAUAUUCAGUAUUUACACCCAGCCGUCUCAGGAGCCACCAGCCCAGAAGGGUCCCACGGUCACCGCCAAGGUGCGACGGACCAUGAGCGGCCGUGUGCACGAGGCCGUGAAGGCCAUCGCGCUGUGCCACCACGUGACGCCCGUGUACGAGCCCGACGGCGCGGCGGGCCGGGCCGAGGCUGAGGAGCAGCGCGCCGACUCGUGCCGCACGUACCAGGCGUCCAGCCCCGAUGAGGUGGCCCUGGUCCAGUGGACAGAAAGCGUGGGCUUAACGCUGGUGGGCCGAGACCAGUCUUCCAUGCAGCUGAGGACCCCUGGCGACCAGAUCCUGAACUUCACCAUCCUGCAGAUCUUCCCCUUCACCUACGAGAGCAAGAGGAUGGGCAUCAUUGUGAGGGAUGAGACCACGGGGGAGAUCACGUUCUACAUGAAGGGGGCGGAUGUUGUCAUGGCCGGCAUCGUGCAGUACAAUGACUGGCUGGAGGAAGAGUGUGGCAACAUGGCCCGGGAAGGACUACGGGUGCUCGUGGUGGCCAAGAAGUCUCUCGCGGAGGAGCAGUAUCAGGACUUUGAAGCCCGCUACGUCCAGGCCAAGCUGAGCGUGCACGACCGCUCCCUCAAAGUGGCCACGGUGAUCGAGAGCCUGGAGAUGGAGAUGGAGCUGCUGUGUCUGACGGGCGUGGAGGACCAGCUGCAGGCCGACGUGCGGCCCACACUCGAGACCCUGCGCAACGCCGGCAUCAAGGUUUGGAUGCUGACGGGGGACAAGCUGGAGACAGCCACAUGCACAGCAAAGAACGCACAUCUGGUCACCAGAAACCAGGACAUCCAUGUCUUCCGGCUGGUGACCAACCGCGGGGAGGCCCACCUCGAGCUGAAUGCCUUCCGCAGGAAGCACGACUGUGCCCUGGUCAUCUCUGGAGACUCCCUGGAGGUCUGCCUGAAGUACUACGAGUGUGAGUUCAUGGAGCUGGCCUGCCAGUGCCCGGCCGUGGUGUGCUGCCGCUGCGCCCCCACCCAGAAGGCCCAGAUCGUGCGCCUGCUCCAGGAACGCACUGGGAAGCUCACCUGUGCAGUAGGCGACGGCGGCAAUGACGUCAGCAUGAUUCAGGAGUCCGACUGCGGUGUAGGUGUGGAGGGCAAGGAAGGAAAGCAGGCGUCUCUGGCCGCCGACUUCUCUGUCACUCAGUUCAAGCACCUGGGCCGCUUACUCAUGGUGCACGGCCGGAACAGCUACAAGCGCUCAGCAGCGCUCAGCCAAUUUGUCAUCCACAGGAGCCUGUGCAUCAGCACCAUGCAGGCUGUCUUUUCGUCCGUGUUCUACUUCGCUUCCGUCCCUCUCUACCAAGGAUUCCUAAUCAUUGGGUACUCCACGAUCUAUACCAUGUUCCCGGUGUUCUCGCUGGUUCUGGACAAGGACGUGAAGUCAGAGGUUGCCAUGUUGUAUCCCGAGCUCUACAAAGACCUCCUCAAGGGGCGGCCGCUGUCCUACAAGACCUUCUUAAUCUGGGUUCUAAUCAGCAUCUAUCAAGGAAGCACCAUCAUGUACGGAGCGCUGCUGCUGUUCGAGUCGGAGUUUGUACACAUCGUGGCCAUCUCCUUCACGUCGCUGAUCCUCACCGAGCUGCUCAUGGUGGCGCUCACCAUCCAGACGUGGCACUGGCUCAUGACGGUGGCUGAGCUGCUCAGCCUGGCCUGCUACAUCGCCUCCCUGGUGUUCCUACAUGAAUUCAUUGAUGUGUACUUCAUUGCCACCCUGUCGUUCCUGUGGAAAGUGUCUGUCAUCACCCUGGUCAGCUGUCUCCCCCUCUACGUCCUCAAGUACCUGCGCAGACGGUUCUCCCCGCCCAGCUACUCGAAGCUCACGUCCUAGGCUGUGACGGGGACUUGGGGCUCUGCGCGCUCCUGGUGGGCAGAGUUGGCACCUCACUUGUAUUAACCGCUUCCUGUGGGCAUCGCGGUCACUGCUGCCACGUGCAGUCCUGUUGCGGCGACGCUGUGCUCCUAGCAGGGUGGGCAUGCUGCAAAGGCCAGAGGGAGGGUGCUGCAGGGUGCCUGGGAGCACCUGCUGGAACUGUGGGUGCCACGUGGGAAAGCGGGCGAAUGCGUUGGGACUGGGUGGCUCAGCUGGGAGGUUUAUGAGGGUCACUGUGCAAGCUUCCUCAUGACUUGAAUUUGUUGUCAUGUGAUAAAACUUCUGUCUAGUUGAA